UACGUGAAAUUAUAUAUUAGUGUAAUUAAUGGCAAAACUAAUCAUUAAUAUGAAUAAAGUUUUGGGGGAUUUUUUUUGCUUUUUAGUUUAGCUUUUAUAUAAAAAAGCUGAAUAUCUAUUAAAAAUUAACCCAAAAUCCACGAAUUAUUUUUGAUAGAUUCCACAUAUCAAAGCACACACUCAGAUUCCCUCUGUGAAUCAGCCCCGACUCCUCCGCCGCAUCCGCAGGCUGCCGCCGCCGCCCCCAAUCACCACUAGAGCUCUUGGCGUUUUCUCUCUUUGCCUCUCGCCCUUCCCCUGCGAUCAAUUAUCUUGCAAGCGACAACAAUGCUCGCAAAUUCCGCCUCCCCACGCGGCGGCGCCGCCAAGCCGCAGCUAGUCUCCCGCGCCCGAUCCCUCUACGCCGCCCGCCGGCCGUGGCGCCUGCUCUUCGACGUCUCCGCCGUCUCCCUCCCCUUGAGCUACGGCGAGGCCAUGUAUCGGAUCCGCCACAACUUGAACUACUUCCGCGUCAAUUACGCCCUAAUCACCCUAAUUAUCCUCUUCUGCGGCCUCGUCUACCACCCCGUCUCCAUGAUCGUCUUCCUGGUGGUGUUCGCGGCGUGGCUCUGGCUCUACUUCUGCCGCGAAGAUCCGGUCGUCGCCCUGGGCAGAAUCGUCGACGACCGCGUGGUUCUGGUGUCGCUGGGGUUGGUGACCGUGGUGGCGCUGGUGCUCACUCACGUCGGGUUGAAUGUCCUCGUCGCCUUGAUUGUGGCGCUGGUGGCGUGCGGCGGCCACGCCGCCGUCAGGGGCACGGAGGAUUUGUUCUUGGAUGAGAGCGACGCCGCCGAGGGCGGCUUGCUUUCGGUGGUGCGUUGAGGUUUUGAGCCCUAGAUUUUGAAUUUGGGGGAAUUCUUUUGGUUGUGAUUUUUUUUAAUGCCAGCAGCCUCCAAUUUAAAAAAGGUGAACAAUUGUUGUAUUGAAUUUCAUGGUGUUUGUAGCAAUUCUUGGUUUGAAUUUGAGUUAUUCAUUUUUAUUGUA